AUGUCUAUUUUUGGAAGGAUGAAAGAAGAUCCAAACUUCAGAUUCGAUUGUAAGUAUUUGAUGACUUUGAGUGACUUUCCUUCUGCAGAUGGCCAUGUUGGUGACACAAUUGAAGAGCCGGAUGAUGGGUUGGUUCAUAUCAGAAUCCACUCACUGGCGAUUCACAAACUGGUAACAACUGUGUCUGAACUUCCUGAGAAAUAUCACCUUGGUAGCAUUCUCAAGUGCUGCAUGAGGACAUUCGGUUGCAAAGGUGGGAUUAAGCAGAAUAACGAAUUCAGGGAAGUGAUGCUAUUACAGGGUGACACUCGCAGUCAAGUAUACGAAUUCCUGACUAAGAACAGUCUAGUCUCUCCAGAGUACGCCCCAAGUCAAGUUAGACCUGAAGAUGCAGAAGAUUCACCUUUGGGAACAGUGAAAGAUGUGAAAUUAACAGUUUACCCAAUGAAUGGUGGAAAGCCUGAAUUGAAUUUGAUUAUGUACUUUUCAUGGGAUCAUGUGACUGUCAUCCUUAUUUUUGCAGCUGAAACACGAUUUCCUGAAUUUGGUAUUCUGUCCUAA